AUGAGAGAGCAGUACAUAUUCAACGUUUUUGAAGUCAUAGUGAGCACGUUAGAGACGAAACUACAAAGAAUAGAGAACUUGGACAAGGCCGUCGAACAUUUAAUGAGGAGAGUGGAAGCGCUCGACUCGAGAGUAAAUGACAACAUACACAAAACUGAUGCUAUCAUAUCAAAACUGGGGAACCUCGACCUAAAACUGUUUAGCCACAUAGGCCAGAAUGACGAGGAAAGCGUUACCGAAAAUAGCGCUAAAAAGCAAAACGAAAACAAAAACAAGAUAAGCGACGCACAGUUGCUUGACCGAAAACUGGAAUCUUUAGAUCAAAAAGUCUCAAACAUCGACACGAAACUGGUAGGCCUUAAAAAUCAGAUCGACAGUAACUUUUUGCCAGUCGAUGACAUCAAUGCCGAGGCCAGUGAAAAGAAACCUAUCAAUUUGAACGUAAUAGAAAUUGCAAAAGGUUUGAACACCGAGGUUAUCAAUGAAAUCACUAAAGAAGUAGAUCAACUGAGAAGCUCUGUAUCGACUGUCGAUCGAAAACUUCAGUUCCAUAUCAAUCUCGUCUCUGAGAACUUGGGCAAAGUACUGUACAUGAUGGCUGAUGUACACGCUGCUAUAGUCGAGCCUGAAGACGCUUCUAUAAAUGUCAACAGUUUGUUCAAGAACCGUACAGCUACAAGUACUCAGGCCCCUAUAACGAAAAGUAGUAAAAUAGAUACACUUGUAAAUAAAAUAAUACCCAUGAUGAGUGUCUCAGAAAAAAUGGAUGAAGUUUGGGACGUAGUAGUCGGUACUAAGAGUUCCGUAGAUGAUUUAGUACCCAAGUCUGAUGAACUACUUACACAGACGCAGCGCCAGGAGCGGGCUAUUGGACAAAUCCACAACGACCUUCGUUUAAAAACAAACCUCAUCAUAGAAAACUUGGACAUGGUAGAAAAACGACUGAAGAAACAGGAGGAUGACGUCGCAACACUGGCACAGCGACCGGUACCUGCUGAGCUUCUGCUGGACCCAACCAUCGACCGUUUGGUAGAGUACGCCCCUAACCGGUACAGGGUCGACGAACCCUACACCGACCCAACUACAAGCACCGUAGCAGCUACCACGAUGCCGCCCUCGUCCACACUAAACAACAGCCCGAGUACGAGCACGAGCACCUCCAGCACUUCGAGCACAUGGAGCUCGACUGCUGGCGCCGGCGCCGGCGCCACGGUGACGGUGACACCGGCCAGCACGGCCAGCACGGGCAGCACCAGCCCGCGGCCCGCCAGCCGCAAGGGCGGGAUCAUCUUCCCCAGCGUCAAGAACAAACCCAUCAUCGGCAAUAAUACUUUCGCUUCGGAAAUCGUCGCCAACUAUAAAGACGUGAAAGGGUACUCGUGCGUGGAUCUGAUGAACGGCGGCAUGCGUGAGUCUGGAGUCUACUACCUGCAGAUUAGAGGAACUACUUACUGGUUCCUGAAGGUCUUCUGCGAGCAGAACGUUGCUGACGGAGGCUGGACUGUGAUACACCGCCGUGAUGACUACGGGGUUCCUGCAGAGAACUUCAACCGAGAUUGGAACGAUUAUAAGAACGGGUUCGGUGAUCCCAGCAAGGAAUUCUGGCUGGGUAACGAAAACAUCUACAUGUACGCACAGUAUUCGCACUUCAAGAUUUACUCUGAAGCGGAAUACUAUAAGCUGGAGAUAGAUGGUUACGAGGGCAACGCUGGUGACUCUCUCAACGACCCCUGGUACGGCUCCAACAACAGCCCCUUCUCUACUUACAACAGGGAUAAUGACAGAUCGUCGCUGAAUUGCGCGUCCAUGCUCAAGGGAGGAUGGUGGUGGAAGUCCUGCGGCCGAGGUCUCAACGGCCUUUACUUGCACGACCCACAGGACCUCACUGCCAGACAAGGCAUCGUCUGGUUCCGUUGGCGAGGCUGGGACUACACACUGAAGCGUGCAUCCAUGAUGAUAAAACCCAAAGGCUUGCUGCCCAACACGUGA